GUGUUAUCUUAUAAGUUAUAUUUAUUUAUUAAUUAUCUAUAUUUUAAACCUAGAAAAUAUAUCAGAAGUUUUUUUUCUCGGAUUUCAUUGUCUUGCUAUCCGCCGCCAUGUUUUUCUGUCGUCGGCUCGUCCUCACUGGCCGUGGCUUCAACAAUUCCGUUCGUAGCUUCUCAUCCGUCGUCAAGAAAGAUCCUUCCUUGUCCAAGUUGGAUUGCCGACCAUUGGCUUUACAAGCGAGAGUUGAUUUCCUGAUCCGCUUGGGAGACCUGGACACGGCGGCUAAGCACGCGCGCCUCUCGGUCCAAUGUACUGAUAACAUAAUAUGCAUCAACCAGACGUGCCAAGCAAUCAUCGGCGCCAUGUGCGAAGCCAAGAGGUACAAAGAUGCCUUGGACUUGUUCCAUUAUUUCUACCGUGAGACCAAUAUUACACCUUAUUUUGGUUACUUGAAUCAUAUCAUCAAACUCCACUUGGACCAAGGACGUUUGGACGACGCUCUUAACGUCUAUGACUCCUCACUGGCCAAUGACGUUACGGAAGCCCUCAUCUCAAAAGGUUUGGUCGACGCUGGGAGGCUAGACGAAGCCAUGGAUCGGUUAAAGCCAAUAGGGUUUUCCGAUUUGUCCUCGAAUAUGUGCAAGUUUUCCUAUUUGUCCUCGGAUGUGUGCAAGCCCCUGUUGGAGGGGUUAUUGCGUCAAGGGGAUGUUGAAAAGGUCAAUGAGGUAUUGGGCGAUGUAUUGGGGAGCUCUCAUGUGUAUGAUGAUAGAUAUGACCGUGUUGCGAUUUUUAGUUACACAUACAUGAAGUAUUGGUUCGAGCAAGGUAAGGAGGAGAAAGCUAUGGAUUGUUACAGUCUUUUGCAGUUGGGAAAACUUAGGGAAGCCACUGCUGUCAACGCACUUUUGGUCCUUUUUCUCAAGUAUGGCAAGAAAACUGAAGCUUGGUCCUUAUUCAACGAGGUUUCGCAUAGCGAGGAAAUGAACAAUUUUGAUGAAAAUACCCUAAAUAUUAUGGUGAAUGAGUGUUUCAAGAUAGGUCGGUUUGACUGGGCAAUCCAAAUUUUCUACAAGGUGAAAGCAUCAAAGCUGAAGAAGCCAGAUGUUACAUGUUACAGAAACAUCAUCACAAGGCUUAACAAACAAGGCAUAUUGUUUGAGGCAGAGCACUUGUUUGAAGAAAUGUGUUCAGACAGAUUGGUGCCUCCUGAUGUUUCUACAUACACAUCAAUGAUUGAUGCAUAUCUAAAAGCCGGGAAAACCGAGGAUGCUCUUCGAAUCUCAAACAAGAUGGUUGAUGCAUUUAUAGGCCAGGUUGCUUGGCUCGCUUGCCUCUAAGACUACAUUGUUUAGUCUUGAAAAUUAUUUUCGUGUUGUUUCCUCUAAUUUCUAUGGCCCAUCUUUUUAACAUAAUAAUAUAACUUUUACCGA